CGCACACACAGGUUACAUACACUGACGGGCAUACAUGAACGAAUACACGGACACAAGGGCACAAACGCACGCAUUCACGCUGUACACACGGGCGCGCGGCUGUACAUAUACACACGCAUCUAUUGUACGCUCUCAGUGUCACACCGUCCGUGCCAGUCGAGCAACGAUAUCAUCAACAUGGCGAGGCAGCAGCUCCUGACCGCCGUGAUGAUUUUGUGCUGCUGUGGCGGUGGCCUCAUCGUAGCCGCGCUUGAUCUCAACAAACUGUAUGGUCACAUACACGCCAAGAGGAACAUAGGUAAGCAGAAUUUCCAAAAAAAAAAAAAAAAGAUACAUAUAUAUUGUAAAACACAUCUUAUCGCCGUUUCCUUCCAUCGAAAACGGUCAAACGCGUCGAUAAUUUCUCAAACACCUUUUGUUCACUGUUUAACCCAACCUUACCUAACCUAACCUUUAUCCAACUCCACACAAAAUUGUGUUUUUGUCCAUCAGACAUUUUUCCGAUAGCGUUAAAUACCUGUUAUAUUUCUCCCCUCACUAUCUAUAAAAAAAAAUUGUUUGUUUAUUUCGUCCGUUGAAUCAACAGUUUCCUGGCUAAUAAAACCUUCGACGCGAAUCAAACAACGGUUGCAAACAAUACGUUACACGGGUAUAUUACAAUAUAUUUAUAAGGGGUGGUUUUGCACGAUCGGUCUUUCAAAAUAUAGCACGAAUUCCUUUUGGUUUUUGUUUUGUUAUUUCACUGGAUAUUACUGAUAUAUUAUGGUAUAUAUAUCUAUAGUUUUAUAGUUUAGAUGAAUUUGUGUUAUUGUGAUAAUAUGUUGAUAUAAUUUUUGUUUAAUUAAACAGUUAUUAUAACUAUAAUAUGACAAUAUGCGUAAUAAUUAUUAUCGUUACCAGACUUUCACAUACAGUUAUCAUAACUAUAUACUUUACAACAACGUGAAAAAUUCGCGUUUUCAUUUUAGGUUUAAACGGAAUAUUACAAAAAAAUCAAUACAUUUUAAACGUUUGUAAAAUCGGCGUUUUCGAUCGGCUAAACUUUGGUUCACGUACAGUGUAAUAUAUAUAGAUAAAUAGGUAAUAUAAUGUACAUAUAAAUAGUCAAGUUCAUAAGGAAGAAGGGCUUAAGUCAAUUUUAGGUAUAUAAUUUUGUACAUUUUAUGUAAUACAAGCAAAUUAAAUAUUUAAUUUUACUAAAUUACGUAAUGACAAUUGCUAAAUGGCUAAAUUACUGAAUGGUCUAACCAAAAUGCAGGCCUUCCAAAAGGCUUAAGUCGUAGAAUCUCAUAUAAUAUUUGUCAAACAUUAAGUAUAUUAUAGUGACUGAAGAUGUCAGUGGUUACAAUGUGUUAAUACACAAUAUUUCAGAAUAUAUUCUAAUGAAUAUACAUACAUUUAUACGAGUUAUAUCCAAAAAAUAUAAUGAAAAAAAAAUUUACAAUUAUUGACAUUAGUAAUUCUCUUCCUUACGAUGUGUAUCAUACACAUUAGUAGUUGAUCGGGUAUUCAACUCGAUUAUCGUUCAGUUCAGUACGUUCGAAAAUAAGAUUUUGAAAUAUUACGUCGAGAAAACUUUUAUAUUUCGUAUUUACAUUCAACAAUACCGCGUUGGCGGCGCAUUGAAUAUGCAAUUUCGGUACGCUCGUGCGUAGGUUCACGGACAAUGAUCGUAAUCGUGAUACACACGGCACUGUGCAUAAAUAUUCUGUUGACGUAAAUAAAUCGCUAUAACAGUAUGCGUAUGUACCUACCGUAAAUACGUAUUUAUUUAAUAAUAUAUAGUAUAUAUUUACUAAUAUUUUACGAACUAUAUUUAAUUUAAUUAUUAUAAAAUUGCACACGAGAUGAGUGUGUUAAGAAGAAGAUCGCAUGAAAAAAAAAUCCAAUCUUGUUGUAAUAUGUGAAAUUAUUUGAAAAACUCGAAUAUCUAAUCCAUUAUUUAAAAUAAUUACGAAUCCGUAAAAAUAAAGGCCAAAACAGCCAAUUAGCGUGCCACUGUUUUAGAAGAGAAGUUUGAAGAGGGGAUACAUAGAGUAAUUUAGUUUAUAUCUGUAUUCAACGACUAGUAUUAAUAAUAUUGUAUUUUUACUAUGUUGACGAAUGAACAAAUAUUAAAAAAAAAAAUGUGCAGUUUUCCCAUUUAUUAAGAAAACUACAAAGAAAAUCAAACACUGAUUUACUCAGUACAUUAAUAAGAUUUCUAUUAGAAAAGUAAUUUGCAUACAAAAAAAAAAAACCAAUACAGUUUUAGCUUUGUAUAAAAUUUCAACAGUUCGACUAGGAUCAUUUUUUGAUUGAACAAUAAUAACUAUACUUAGUAUAUUGGUAUAAAUAGCAUGUAGAAAUAAAAAUCAAUACAAUUAUUAGUACAAAAUGUAAUCAGCAUACUUUUUUUUAACGAAAUUUGCAUUAACUAAUUAGUUAAAGCACGUUAUAUAGAUUUUUUUAUAUACACAAAUUUCCUCUAUGAGAAACUUUAUUUUUAUACGUUUCCUGUACUAUAACCAACUAAAUGUAUUUAUUUACAUUUACAUAUGAAAAUAAAGUUUUAGUUUGUUUUAGUUGAAAAAAACUGAUCCAUGCGAACUCGCAAAAAUAUAAAAACGUACUUUUAAAAAUAAAAGUUGUCAGGGUUUUCAAAACAAUUGUUUUUACACGGAAUAAAUAUCUUCUAUUCACAGUUCGUAUUUAAAUAUACAUGUACGUAUUUAAACCAUGGUAAUUAGUUUUAUAUUAAUAUAGAGGUACAAUUUUAUAGUAAAAAUGACAAAGUAGCGGUGUUAUAAGACCUGCAAAGUUUUAGAACAAUAUUAUCUAGUUUCCUGAAAUUUAAAUAUUUCAAAUUUGUAAGUCUAGUCUGUUGAAGCGAUGGUUUUGUCAUGUUCGUUAUUAUUUCACUAAUUUACCAUUGGGUACUCAACGAUAAUAUCAUUAACAGCGUCUUCAUAACGUGCAUAAUCCCGUAAAAUUAAAUUUCAAACCACAUUAUAAUCCAGGUAUAAUCAUGUAAUAGUAGGUAGUAGGAAAUUAUUACUAUACCUGCUAUUGCAUGAUAUAAAUAGGUAUUAAUAGGUAAAAUCGAAUGAUUUUCAAUUUAUUUUUAUUGAUAUAAUCAAAUAAUAUUAAUGUAAUUAUUAUUAUAUAACUAAACUAAAACCGUUUUUCAUAUUAAUGAAUUACAUAUAAUAUUAAUUUAGUCAAAACCCGAUAAACUAUUUUGGUUAAGAGUGGGAAUUAUAUUAUUAUAAAAUAUACGUGCUCGGUGUACUCCUAAAUAUACAGAGUGUUAAAAUAAAAACAGUUUAAAAAUUCGGGUACUUAAGCAAGUUCAGGGCCAGUGAUGACUUUUAGACUUUGUAAAAAAAUAUUAUUUCAGUUUAAUUUUAUUAAAUGACGAUGAUGUUGGCACUUUUGAUAUUUUUUGCAAAUACAGGUAAUAAGAAUAUAACGCUAUUGUAUAAUAUGUUUUAAUUCCGCAUAAAAUCAUUUUCAAACGCAAUAUCAUUGAAUUAAAUUUCAAAAUAAUAAUCAUCAUAUAUCUGCACGCAUGCUUGUUUGCCAAAAAUUAAACUGAUUACCCAAAGCGUAAAGUAUAUUAUAGUUACUGCUGCGUUUUAAUUAAUUUUUAUUUGGGUUAUUCUAUUAAAAAUUAUUAAAUUCGAAAUCAUCGAACGUGCGAGUAAUAUUUUUGGAACAAAAAGAAAAAUAAUUAUAUAAAAUAACCAAUUUAUUGUCGGUAUACACCGUUCACUAUAUUAUAAAGACCCUAAAAGUUCAUUAGUUGGGUAUUGUAAACUUUCUAAAUGAGUAACAAAUUCAAAAAGUUUGAACGUUGGUGAACCGCAUUUAAACUAACCAAUUUACUAAAUUUUACCUAAACCUACAAAACACAUCACGGCCAAAAGUUUUCCAUUACAACUUUUAUACCCUUGUCAAGUUUUGGUUUCUUAUUAGUGAAAUUAUUAAUAUUAGACAAAUUAAAUUUGUAUGAUGGACUGUGAUUCCGAUGUCGGGAAUCCUAAUGACAGAUUAUUUAGUGUUAUUGAAUAAUUAAAAUCAUUAAUAUUUGUCAUUAAGAUGGAUAAACGAUUCUGAGUUAAGUUCAGAAUUUAAAUUUAAUAUCGGCUUUUAUUAUUUCAAAUUAAUUCAUAAUAAUUUAUAGAGUAGUAUAUAAUUACAAAAUAAAAAUAUUUUCUUAAUAUAAUAUAAUAUAACAUCAAUUAUUAAUAUCCUCUGAGUACUAUUAAAGUUCCAAAUAUUUAAGCAUAGUUACUGAACAGACAUUUGAAUUAAUAAAUACAGAUUAUCAAUUUCUUAAAUACUUAAAAAUGCAAUUAUACUUUUAUGUAGGUAUACUAUACAGAUAAAAUCACGUAGUAAUUUAUUUUCUAACUUAUAAUUAUAUUAUAGGAUAAACAUAAACAAUAUUUAUUUUUUUUUAUAGUUUUAUAGUUUCUGAAUUAAAAGAAAAAAUUAAAUUAUUACUUCAGAAAUAAUCGUAAAAUAUGUUAUGUUCAGGUAAAGAAUAAUAAUUUUAACAGAACGUGAUUAUAGUAAAAUAUUUAAAAUUAUAAUUUUAUUCUUUAAAGUAUCUAUAAAAUAAUGAUGUUUUUUUUUCUGAUACGAUUGUAUUUUUUAAAGCCAGUGAGAAAUAUUAUCUUCUAGAUAUAAUAAUAUAACAAUUUCAUUUCAAAUAGCGAGUAAAUUAUAAAAAAGUUUAGGUAUUCCCGUGUGACCUGAAGCAUUUUAUGAAAAUGAUUUUUCUUCGGCGCAUUUUGAUGUGAAUAGAAUAAUUCUUUUUUUUAAUCUCAUUAUAAUAUUUAUUUCCGGAAAAUAUAUUACCCGCUGUAUGGUAUAUAAAAUAUCAUAUUACAUAAAUUAUAACCAAGAAUGGAAUUUGAUUCAAAAUAAAUGUACUUUGUAUAAUACGAUAUUAUAUUUAACGCGGUCAAGUAGAGUAUUAAGUGGACGAAUACAAUAAUUUAUCUAAUUACAAUAGUAAAUUAGUAUAGGUAUUUAGUAUACACGUUGACACAAACAAUUAUGUAAGAUUCGUCAGUAAAUAAGAGCCAUUCAUUUUAAUUUAUGAUUAUAAUAAAUAAGCUUUAACGUAAUUUCAACAACUCAAUAUUAUUUUGAAAAUAAAUUGUAGUAUUAUUUUCAUAUUUCUUCACUGAUCAUUUAAACUAAAGAUUUACAUACAACUAGAUGAAACAUUCUAUAACACUGAUAAUAUGUGUCAGUAGUGGCUGGGUGCGACAACACAUCUUGAAAAAAAUAAUUCCUAUCUUGCUGACUGAGAAAUAAACUGAGUAUUUUAAUUGGCUAUCCUCGAGGUACCAGGUUACCAUAUAUCAGUUAUAUCUUUCUCUUAUGCUCUCUUUUGAUCAUACAUUUGGCACAACUAUGCAUUUGAUUACUCAAAAUUAUGUCUUUAAACUUUAAAAUUAUUCAGAGUAGUCAUCAUAUUGUCUAUUUAGUGUAGUUAACAUAUUUUGGCGUUCAUCUUCAAUCUAUAGAUAAUACAUAGUAGAUAUUCUAUAAACCUGGUUUAUUAUAGAUUGAUUAGGUGUUCAUGGAGCCAAAAGAUUAUACAACCAAUUCUCACCAUUCGCAUAACAACAACAAAAAAAAUAAAUAUAUUUAUGGAAACCAAAUGUUAAGUCAAUUUGUUGAUGAAUAGGAUAAAAAAUAUUAUUAUAAUAUUGCUAUUUCCUUUAUUUAUUUGAUAACGCUACUCACUACAUAAAUGGUAUACAUAUAUUUUAUCUGAUAUGUAGUACAUAUGAUUCAGUAAAUUUUGCUGUUCGAGGCGUGAUGGACUGAUCUGAUGUGAGCGGAAGAUAAGAAAACUAACUUUAACGUAUGUUUAGUGCACGACUUUAACCAAAAUAAUUGGGUCUGUUGAUGGUUAAUAUUGUUGUGUUUUUAAUAAUACAUUUUCAUGUAUACGGGAAAAGAUGCAUUUAAUUAGAAUACAAUAUAAUAGCAUUCGUAUUUUCGUAACAAUAUCUGAUUUUUAAAUAUCAUUAUAUUAUGUUUAUGCUCGAGUUCCAGAAGAAUAUAAUUAUUAUAACUAUUGUUCGACUCGCGAACGUUUGCACAUUUGUGAUGUAAAAAAUUAUUUGUAAAUUAAUUUCCUAAUGAAAUCUCGUAUUAUAAACCAUUUUGUAAUAAUAUACACUUAUCAACUAUAAGUUUACCGUGCCAUUGUUUGUGUCUAAAAUAUUAUGGUUUUUAUUUCUGUAAUAAAGUAUUUAUUCAGUUUGACAACCAAACUUUAGCCCGAAAUGAAGCAACCCUAUGCUUAAUUUUUAAAAGAAAUUGGACCAAGACUGAACAUAGGACUUGGCACCACUGGUUGAUUGUAUACCUAUCAUUCAUUAUUCAGCAAUCAUUGAUUUAUUAAUUUAAAAAAAAAUUUAAAUUUAUUUUUUUAUCAAUUUGAAAUUUACUGUGUUUGUUUACACAAUAUAUUUAUCGCUUUUCAGUAUUUCAAUUAUUAUACUCGCAAGGUUAGGUUAGGUUUUUCACUGUAAUUCUGGUAAUAAUGUAGUUAAAUUAAUUUUAUUAAGAACAUAAUAUUUUUAUAACAUUUUUUAUUUCCCGAAAAGGUUUAAAAAAAUGAUGGAACUAAAUGUCUGAUUAUUGCCCCUAAAUUUCUUCAAUUUUAUUUAUAGGUAUACUCUCAUAUUACCAUUUUACGCCGCUAACUCCAUGUGCUGCACGUUUUAGACUACAACUUCGGGAUUAUAUUAUAUCCGUGGAUAAUAUAAUACGGGAACCGAAAUAAUAUUACAAUGUAUAACAAUAUAGUCUUAUCUGUCGUUGUACAGUCAAAUUAUCAUAAUGUAUACAGGCCCGUUUUCGUGCGUAUAUGUUUGCGCCACGUAUACAAGCUGAUAUUAUUAUUAUAUUAUUAUGCGCUCCGUCGGUGGUUGUGCAUUGUUCGGUAUAGCUGUUUAAAAUAAUAUAUAUUUUAUACAUAGGACUUAGGUACCAACAUAGAGAGACGACAUUUUUUGUAAAAUACGCGGACUGUGUAACUAUUAUUGUAGAGAAAAUCGGAAAACAAAAAGGUUAACAAAAAAAAGACGGAAAACUAUAUCAUUAGGUAUACCGCGGGACUAUAAGUAUUAUAUAUUUGUAUGUAUGAAGUAUAAGAGCUCAACGGUCCUUUUUUUUCUUAAAAAAAAAAAAAAAAGCAAAUUCCGAAUGGAACGAAAAUUAUGCGUCGGUAUAUUGGUUUAAUAAAUAUGUUUUUUUCGUCCAUGCCUGUGGUGUCUUUUUACGGUUAUCCUUAGUAAAUUUUAUGGGUGUAAGGGUAAUGGAAACGUUAACGUGUAGAUUUUCUAUCCCAUAUUCAUCUAAUACCUACCACUAUAUUUUAUUUUAGAUUUCAUUAACACAAUUUUCAAUUAAAAUUUACCAAAACGAUUUUUGUUGAUUUGUUAAAUUUUGUUAAAAGAAAUUAAAAAACUUGUUUCAGAAUCGUAUCCAUUUUUAAAAAUUUAUCAUCUUUUUCGAGUUUAUCGGGUUUUAUAAAUAAUAUAAACUAAAUUACUCUACAUGAUUAAAUAGAUCUGAACUUCCCAACUUAUUUAAAAUUGUUUUCUUCGAUUUCUGAAUUUCUUGGUCAUUCGGUAUUUAAAUUUCAAAAUAAAUCUAAAAAUAAUCAAAUAAUAACUUUCUAGAUUAUCACCUACAACAAUGACUUAAAAAUGACGAUACACAGUAUUUUUUACUGUUUUGUUCUUUAAUACAUGAUUUUUUUACUACUUGCAAUUUGCCGUAUAUUGUGAACAAAAUGUAGGUAGUUCGCGUCAAUCCACGAAAGUGUGUGUUAUGAAUUUAGAAGAUAGUUUCUAUUUUAGAGGGCAUCUCACGUUUUAGAUUAAAAGAAAAUAUUACGGUUGCGUGUCAUGUGCACAUGAGUGCAAUACAAAUACUUUUUGAGUUGAGCGAGGAAUGUAUUGGCUUUAAUGUAAUGGGUGUUUUUUUUUUCGUCUGUAAAUAACUUUUCUAUCCGAAAUCAUGCUACAGUAAAAAAAAUGACGAGAGUUUUUUUGUAGUAUUUCGGAUCUAGUUGUUUCAUUCAUGAUGUCGUUUUUUGUUUUCCCAAGCAUUGUUCAUAAAUAACAAUUGGGAAAAUAUGUGUUGGAAAAACGGACAAAUUUAUGGCAAUAAAAACUCCAUUAUUUUCGAUUUUUCAAAUUUAUUUUUCUACUAGAAAUCAUUUUCCGAAUUCCAAAAGUAGCUUCAUUUCUGAAAGAAAAUUUGAUCUUAUUUGCAUGCAAGGAAGUCGGUUUUUGUUUUUCUGUGUAGUUUACUAAAUAAUUUGAAACAAUUUCUUAAAACCUUGGGAAAACAGGAAUGGUUUUAUAAUAUUCGGUUUUUUUUUUUUUUUUUUUGCAAUUCAUUAUAAAUAAUUGUAUAGAAUUGACAUUUUUCAAAAAUACUUAACCAGCCGUAUUACAGUUUAAAAAAAUAUUUGAAUUUUGAGCUAAUUUAUAGUAAUUUAACUAUUUCAAAUUUUUUAGUUUUUAUUUGGUUUUAUGUGGAUAAAAAUAUAAAAUUAUUUGGCCAAGAAAAAAUGCUUAAAAAUUGAAUACAAGGUUUAUUAUAAAAUUUAUUUAGUGGUAAAAAAAAAUUAAAUUGAAUUUUAUGUAACUAGUAGUUUUUUUUUCAUAAGCGUUUUAAAUUCGACUUUUGACGAAAAUCAUAAAAAUUAUGAUAUUUCAAAACAUGGGCACUAUGAAUCGUAUCGUAUAAUCAUCAAUGAUUUAUCGUUUUGUUCUGAUAAAAAUUAAAAUAUUUUAUUUAUCCUAUCUUUUUCAUAAAGAAUACAUAUAUUUAUAUUAUUACUAUCUUAAUUUCUAUUGUUUUAUUUUAUUAUUAUUAUUAUUAUUAUUAUUAUAUACUGUACAUCGAAAGGUUUUGCAGCGGGAAUUUGAUAUCACGAAUGUCAAAAAAUAAAAACUUCCACCUGGCAUCUGUAAGUCCUUUUCCGAAAAAAGCGAUCUUAAAUUCGAUUUAACAUACAAAACACAUUUAUAUAUAGAUACACCUACAUGGAGGUUUCAUAUUUCGACAAAAAUUGAAAACACUAAAAAAAUGUGAUGUUAUAUUGUUGCGUUCAUCACAUAAUUUUCAGUGUGAAAUGAACCAUCAAAAUAUUAUGUUAUUGAAUUACUUUUUUUUUCCAUUUUCGUAAAAUAUGUACCAAAGUACAAAUUUAAUUUUACAAUACUUGAUAAUGCAGAGAUAUUAUUUUUUCUGUCCUGAUAAUAUAUAAAACUAGUAAACUAAUAAAUAAAUACAAAAGUUACUUUGCAAUAAUGAUGGAAUACGUGACGGUGCCUAUCCCUAAGUGAUAGGUAAUUAUAUUUAACCAUAAGCCUACGAACAUUCAUUUACUGCUUACACAUAGGCUAGAUACAAUUUUUUUUUUUAAAAGGUACUACACUUGAAAGAGUAAGAUUUAGAAUUUUUUAGAUUUAAGUAGAAUUUUUGUACACAGUAUAAAAAAAAAACAAAUAAAAUAAACUACUAACAAAUUUUAGUUAAACUUACUAACUAAUAAACUAAAUUAAUAAAAUAAAAAACAAAAUAUUGUAAAACCAAUACAUUCCUUGCCUUACUUUCUACAACCGAUUUUCUGCAUGCAGUUUUAAUUAAUUGGAUCUAUAGGUGACCACACAAUGGCGAACAAAAUAUAAGUUGGAGACUGAUAAUAAUAGUAGAUAGUAAGAGGGUUAGUAAUGGACUAAAAAACCGUAGCAAUAAAGAAAUUUAAAAUUGCUCGUAAAUAUUUAUUUUUUAAGUACCUAAGACAUAAAAUUUAGUUAGUCAUUGUCAAGGGACUUUAUUGAAUUGUUAUGGGUAUAAGGGAAUUGAGAAAAUAAUUUUAAAAGACGAUCUCAUUUAAAUUUAUAUGAACUCUCACUGUAGUCAUUAAAAAAAUUAUUUAUUCUUCAUAAAUAGUUGUACUUAUUUAACUAAAUUCGUGAUAUACAGAGGAAUAUGAGUUGGUAAUACUAAUGAUAGUAUUUCAGUUAAAAAUGAUUGUAAAUUAAUAUUAUAAAUGGGUCGUUAUUUUUUUGGACUCCGAUAAAAACGAAACAUUAUCUAUAUGAUAAAAUAAAUAAAUAUAACAGGUAUUACCAAUUAUACCUACUUAAAAAUAUAACACAGUAAACGAUUUUAAAAUGUGAUAUUUACUGUUUUGUGUGUUGAUUAGUUUUGAUUAGUCGGAGUACUUUAAUAUCGAGCAUUCAUCAACGUUAGCGGCUGGCAGACAAGUUCGAGCUAAUUUGUCAUUUUUGAAGUUCCUUUUAUCGGUGGACGUGUAAUUGUAAUUUUCACUUAUCUGGAUGGUUUUAAUUUUAGUGCUCCCGAAUAGUAACUUUUGCCAUAGAUAUUCGUUCCACGCCCCUACUAUUUACCAUAAAUUAAAUAAGAUUAUAAUGCGAUAAUUCUAUACUCUUUGUUAAUGAGAAAUAUGACCAACGAUUUAAGUAUUUAAUUGUUUAUUGAAGUUCAUCAAUUUGUAUUAUAGCUUUGAUUUUUACGCAGACAAAUGGGGCGGUGUUUUAUAUAAACAAAAUUAUUCACUAAGCGUGCUUAACCUGUUUUUUGGUUAAAAUUUUCAUACAUUCAAGUUCUGAUUUUUAAAAUUUUUAAGUGUAAUUAUAGCCAAUUUUUUCAAAUAAUUCGAUUUUUCACAAUACUGAAGGAGUAUCUUGUGAAGAAAUCAAUUUUGGUUUUUCAAAUAAUAUCCUAUUCAAAAAAAAUCCAAGAAUAAAAUAUGGAUUAUUUGUUUAUAUAAAUGUUGAUGUUAAAAUGUUUUAAUUUCCACCAACCCGUCGACGAGAUAUUCCACUUUUAAUAUUAAAUAGGGGGAGCGUUAUGGAGCACUAAUAAAACUCAAAUAAAUUCAAAAAUCAAAAUUUGAAUAUAUAUGCUAAAUUUAACCAAAAAAAUGGGAUGAGCACGCUUAUUGAAUCACGCUAUAUUUAAAGAUAUUUUUUUGUAUCUGUUAAAAACUUUUCUACUAGAAAUCUUGUUUCAAUCAAAAAAUAAUAAAGUUUUUUAUUUGAUUCAAUUUGUAUGUAAGUAAUUCAUUUUUUGGUUUUCCAACUAAUUUUUAUAAUAAUAAUUGGUAAAAACUCAUAAAAUACGAAAAGAAAAAGAAAAAGCACAAAUUUUCGGCGUUACUAGUAGUUGGUCAAAACCGGAAAAAAAAACAAGGAAAACGGGACAGUUAACGGAAAUAACGGUUUCAUUAUUUUUAAUUUUUUGUUAUUAAUCAGUUGAAAAUAUUCGUUGAGGCCUGCAAUUUUCGUAGAAUACUUAAAUUGAUAAUACUAAUACGUAUACAUUUUAAAAACAUUCUGACACUUAUGAUUUAUGAACCUAUUUGUAGGCAUUUCGCAUUUUUGAGUUUUUGAGUUAUAAAUUGAUUUAGUACUAUGUGGAUAAAAUUAUUUAACCAAUUAGAAAUGCUUGAAAUUUAACACGAGGUUUAUUAUAAAUUGUAAUUAGUGGUAUAAAAAGAAAUUUAUCGUAAUAUAAUAGUUUUUUUUACAAGUGUAUAGAAAAAAAUGUUUUAUUUAUUAUGUUUUCAGGUGAGUUGGUAUAUUAUAAUUUAAUAUCGAUCAGUAAGUUUAGUAAAUUAGACGUUAGUUUCGCUUUUCGAAAAUAGGUAAAUAAAACCUAUCCACUUAAAAUAUAUUAUCAUGAUUAUUAAUUUGUAAAUUCAAUUCAAAUAUAAACUAACUACUAUAUGUAUUACUUAUAAUAAUAAUAAUAAUAACAUAAUAGUUUUUUUUUUAUUACUAUUUUGCAUUAACUCUUCUCGAAUAUUAUUCUGCAAAGUAUUCAAUAAUCAAACAGUUUAAAAUAAUAUAAAGAUAUAAACAAACAGUAUCCAUAGCGAUACUUACAAAACCAAACAGUCCUUUCUGUCAAAGAUGUCCAUUAAAAAUCGGUUUCUUUGAAUAAUUUAACGUUGACAUGCGUGUAAUUCAAUCAACUAGCUACACGGUUUAUAGUCUUCUUAUUGUAAUAUUUACACAAAUGUUAUAUAAUAUAACAAUAAUAACACAUUCGCCUUUAUAAUCAUGAACCAACAUAUCAUAUUCACACGCCUCUGUAGAACGUAGGAUAUUCUGGUUCAAUGUAUAAUUUAUGCAUAAUUCAAGACAUUUUAAUAAUAUAUAUACAUAUGGAAAAAAUACAGUUUGACAUAAGUUACAAAUACAACACUAUUAUGUUAGGUACCUAUAUGAUAAUAAUUAUUAUGCUGCAAUAUAACCAACUAAAACAAAAAUGUCUAGAUAAUAUUUCAUAUUUGUACACAUUUUUUAACGGGUACGCUAUUUUCGUUUGGUUUAGAAAAUACUUAUGGCAAUACUAAAAAUUAAAAAUGUGUGAUAAAAUGGACGGUGGCUAAUCAACACCAUUUUUCAUAUAAAAACGGGUGAGAUAUAUUCUUUUACGGAAAAAGUCAUACUUUUUGUUUAAUGCUCUUAAAUCAUAAAACAAAAACCCGUUAAAAAAACAAGAUCGAUUUGAAUUAUGAACUAGGUACGUAAAACAUAUUUUAACCGUUUAGAUCUAAAACAUUUGAUUUAGUAUGUUUCUUUAAAUAAAAUAAUAUAAGUAGUGGAAUAGUAGUUUAUUGCAUAAUACCUAGGUAGCUAUUUCCAACUAAUUAUACAAUAUUAACAAUAAACAAAUACUCAACAAUGUCAAACUAUUAAUAAUACGAAAAAAAAAUAAAUACACUCUGUUAUUUUAGUUCAAUAAUUUUUUUUUUUAGUGUUUCAUUUUACAUUUCAAUAAACGCAAUAGCUAUUUACCCCCUACAAAUAGUUUGAAAUACUAGUAAAAAAAAAAAAUCACUCAAAAAAUUGUUUUAAUUCGUUAUCACCUUCAAAAUAUGCAAAAUAGCUGGAUUUUGAUUAUUUUAUUUAAUUGAUGGUUCCUGAACAAUGAUUUAGAAGAUAUUGACAUAAAUAAUGAAAUCAUAACCCAUUUUUUAAUGCCUAACAAAUUAUAACUUGUCAAGUUGUAAAAAAUAUACAAAUAUAAUUUGUAGUGAAAUUAAAAACUGUUUUUUUGUUUAAUUAUGUGUAUAGACAAAAUCGUUAAUUUUUACAUAGUACCCUUAAAGUUUGGUCGGACUAUAAAAAUUCCGUUUGAAAAUUAAUCCUCACUAACAGAAUUUGUAUUUAACUAUAUGAUAUAAUUAUAAGUUGUUAUUAAUUUAUUAAAUAUUCAAUAACAUAACAGUGAUUGAAGUGUUAUUAAUAUCAAUCACCUUGGUGUAUUACGUUUACUUAAUUGCAUUUUUAUUUUAUUAGAAUUAAAAGAUUUAAUUUGAAUGUUGCUUUUAAAAUGUUAAGAAAUUAGGUACCUAUAUGUAGUUUAAUUAAUUUACAUUUCGAUAUUAUGUAAACAAAUAUAGUUAAUUGAAAAACGAACAAAUACAAAUAUGUAGUAUUACAAUUUGGUAAUGACUUGUUACUCUUAUAAUGUUUUUUUAACUAAUACACAAUCAGGAGAGUUUAAAAAUCGUAUCGAUUUUGUUUUGUAAAAUCGAAAAAAAAGAACUGUGUUCUCAAUAAAAAUAAUAAUAAUAUCGUUAGUUUACAAUACCUAAGUCAAUAAGUAUUGAAACCAUAUGACUACACGUUAUCAAUAAAAUACUAUUUAAAUGAAUCAUAAAUAUUCAAUGGAAAUUUAUCAGAAAGUAAUAUAAAAAACAUUUUAUUUCUCCAUAGUAUAUAUUAAUAAAUAGUUUGUAAAGAGUAAGAUAAAAAAAAUAAAAAAAAAAAAAUAAAUACUUAUUGUUGUCAUAUUUUUUAUUGAUGUGUUUUUAUUAUUGACUAAUCGCCGAAAGAAUAUUAUUAUGCUAAUUCUGAUUCAAGUUUUUAGUCAGAAAUUUAUUUGAUUACGAUUAAGAUUUUUGUAUGUUUUAUUGGCGUACCCCAACGUCAUAUAUUAGGCUGAAUAAUAUUAUUUGUAUAUAAUAAUACACACAAACAACGACUCGUAUACGCACUAAUAUGCAUAUCAUUAUGUUCAUUGCAUUAAUGCAAAUAUAAUAAACAUUAAAUAAUUAAAAUAAUUUAAUAAUAUAAUAAUAUAAUAAUAACAUAUAGGUUAGGAUAUACCAACGCUCAGCAAUGUAUAAUAGCUGUAAAAUAAUAAUUAAACUUACCAUUUAAAAUAAUAAAUAAUAAUUGAAAUGCGCUAUUUUUUUUUUCAGAAAUUGUAUACAUAUAUACAUUUAUACUUUCAAUAAAUAGUUAUAUCAAAAUUUGACCUAUUAUUAAAUCAGUUUAUUAAUCUAGGUACUGAAAAUUAUCAUUUCGAUAUUUCAAUGUACUUCCAAAUAGGUAGGUAUAUUAAAUUGCGGAGAAUGUGUACGAGAAAAUGUAACACGUAGAACUCGAAAAGCUAAGUUCAAGGAGCGAAAAACUUAAAAUGAAAUUCGUAGGUAUCUACCUACGCGUUACCUAAACAAAUAAAAUACCGACAAUCAAAAAAUGAGAGGUUCGAUUUGGAGAAUUCAACUCGAAGGUCUCUGAUUGUUUUACUUUCUGUCAAAUAUAGUUUAUGUCUAAUGUUGUAAUAGUACUAUACAAAGUAUUCGAUUCGAUAUUUCGAUAUGGCAUAUUAGAUGUAUUAUUAAGUUUCCAACUUGGAAACAAUAGGUAUGGACUUACAUUUUCCGAAAUUUGCAAAACAUAACACCUAUUUUGAGAAAGCCUAUUACCAAUCGAAUGAAUUCAUUAAUUUUAUUAAGAAAACAAAUGUUUUUAGGCAAAAUGCAUACAUUAUAUUAUCGGUGUACUAGAGGUAAAAAUUAAAGCUCUUGAAAAUUAUUAAUGACACAACAGAUCUACUGUAAAAUUUUAUUUUACUAGUAUACAAUAUUUGUAAUAUUUUGUGCAUUAUAAUACGAGGCAAUUAUAAAUCCAUUCAGAAAACAUGGGUUGUUUGUUGAAUGAAUUAAGUAGAAAACCAUUUUAUAUAUAUUUUUUUUUUUUUUGGAAACGUAUUUCCCAUAUACUGCAAUAGUGGUCAUAUUAAGCUCAAACCUCAAAACUAUUUUUCGGGAUUUUAUGCAAGCUACUUAAAUUCUUUUUAGACCUACUUAUUAAUUGAGGAACAAGCAAACCAAAACAAAUAUCUAUACUAGUUUCAUAGUUCGGGAACUAAAAAUACAUAAGAACCAAACAGAUUUAAAAGAAAAUAGAUUAUUCUUCGUGAGCAGUAUCAGACCAGACAAAUGAAGGACAUGUAGGGUAAUUUAAUUUAUAUCUUUACGCAACGUUUAACCAUUGUCAAUUUGAUAACGAAAGACAAUUCUGAUAACAAAUUUCAGUUACACAUGUUUUAAUAAACUUAAAUUAAAAAUUUAAUAAUUUAAAAUUAAAAACUAACCGCGUUUUCAAAUAUCAAAUAGCUGAGCAUUUUUAUGAAAUCAAGAAUGUUUUAUGCACAUAAAUCAAAAAAUUGUCAAGGUUUUUCUCAGUUAUUGACAAAAUUACAACGAAAACCGAAAUUAACUCAUCUCCCAGAUGGACCAACAAUCAAAAUUUUCAAUUAGAAACCCCUGAAAUUGAUAAUCGGAACCAGAUUUCUGGUAAGAAAGUUGUUUAUAGACACCGAAUAUAAAUAACAUUAUUUAUAUUUUCAGUAAAUUAAAUAUAAAAUAAAAACUAUAGUCUAUUGACAGGGGAUCACGUGCCUCUGUGCCCCCCUUGGAUCCGCCAAUUACCUGCUUUGUAUAUAAGUGAAGAUUUAUUGAUAAUUCAUUGAGUGUCUAAAUUGUAAAACACAAAUUUCUAUAUUAUUAGGAAUAAUAUGAAAUACUUUUACAGGUUUAUUGAUGUCCCGUCAAUAUUGCGUUAAAAUUCUAUAAUAAAAUAGAAACAUAAAAUAGUGACGUGGGGGUAUCGAUUUCAUUUAUUAACAACAAAAUAGUAAAACAAUAUGAUGUACCUUUAUUGUCUUUUCUUUUUUACACAAUACUAUAUUUAUAGUGAGUGAAUACAGCUGAUAAUUAUUCUGACAUUUUGUAUAGUAGAUAUCCUAGCUGAAAAAAAAUUUAUCUUUUUCAAAACAUCAUAAAAUCAAAUCGUUUUUUAAUUAGAAAUGCAUCGCGCAUUCGUACUUAACAUAUUUUUUUUUCAAUAAAAUAUAUUUUUAAAUUUUUUGUAUACUUGAAAAUGUUAUUAUUUUCACGAUCGCAUCUCUAAACAUUUAUUAUCAUUUCACAUUAUAAGUAUCUACUUAUCUUGAGUAAUAUUUGUAUUAUGACGUUUCAAUUUUAUAUUUAUUUAUUGAUAACAUAAGUAUAUUAUUAUUAAAUAUUACAAUAUUAUAUUUUUAGUAUAGGUGAGUAUAUCUAUAAUAUUUGGUAAAUACCUGGCACAUAUUACAAUUUUAAAAAUAAUUAAUUGAAUACUAUACCUAAGUCAAUGCUUAGGCAAACAAAUUCAAAUUUUAACUGUUUGCUCAAAAUUCCUAAAAAAAUUAAUCAAUAAUUAUACGUUAAAUAUUAAAAUAAUAUACAUAAAUUAUUAACCUAAACAAAUCAGUUAAAACAAUUUUGUAUAGGUAGGUAGAUUAUAUUUAGGUAUGAGUUAACGAUAAGGAAAAAUGAUUUCAAAAAUUCCAUCUUUUAAGAAAUUUAUUUUUACUACAUCUCAUAGUCAAGGGCGUCUUUCUUCAAAAAUCUAGGAAGGAGACAAUUUAUUAAAUUUAAUAUUGUUUUUUUUUUUUUAAAACGUUUUUCUUAAAAUGGUAACUUAUAAGUUCAUAAAUAAAUAAUGUAGGUAUGAAAAGGCCAGAGGACAAGUUUCUUUUGCUGCCCCUCUCCCAAUGGACGCCCAUGCCAUAGAAAAAGCAUAGAACGUGUAUAGGUUGUUUGGUGGAAAACGGACAAGUGCAAUAACUUUUUUUGGUUUAAUAUUUUUAAAUUAUCUUUUUUUGUAAAAAUGAUUUGCGUUACGAUUCUUAUAUUUUUAAAACUAAAAAAAAAAAAUUAAAUUUUGUUUUACAAAAUCCAAGUUUUGUAUUAAUCAUAUUGAUCAUAUUUGAUAUUAUUUAUUUAUUUAUUAUUAUUUAGAAGGAACAAUGAAAACAUUUUAAUUUCAGUUUAUUGGAUAGAACAAAAAGCAUAACCUGAAAUAACUUUGUAUACUAAAUAUUUUAACAUAAACAAAAAUAUAAUAGCAUACGGUAAUACUUUUAAUAUUUAUUAUUUUAUUAAUCUUUGUUUAUACCUAUAAUAUAAAACAAAGAACAUUUAUCUUCUUAAAAUAAUAUGUGUAAAACCGGGAGUUUCAGGUUAUACACUUCAUAAAGUGCUAUAAUAUUAAGAUAAACAACUCAUAAAUUGUAUUUAUUAUUAAUAUGUUCAUACUAUUUUUUGUAACAUAGUACAAAAACUUAAUGAUCUAAUGAACCGAGGUUUUGUAAUUUUAAUAAAAUUAUAAAUAAAUAUAUAAUAUAUGUAUGCGGUAUACCUAUGUAUGUAUAUACUUAAGUAAGUACACGGUGUAUCUUUUAUAAUAUAUUGUUUACUUACAAUACAAUAUUAUCUAUAUAGGUACAUUGGUAAUCACAGGGUACAUAUUAUAUUGUAUAUUAUUUAUGUAAUAUAAAUAUACAUUAAUUGCAUAUUAAAAAUGUAAUACAUAUAUAUAUAUAUUCUACAUGAUAUUGUUAUAAUAAAUCUAUGUAUUACGAUGUGCUUAAACUUUAAAAAACGAUGAAAGAAAUUUAAUGAAUAAAGUAUUAAUUCUAUGUACCUACAUUAUAUAACAAAAACUUUAACUCGUUGGUGUAUAAAAGCGUUAUUUUUUAAUUUUUUUGUGUAAUUUUCUUAAUAAUUCGUAAAAAUUAAAGAAAAAUGUGAACAUUUAUGGCAUAUAAUGGAUUCAUUAUUUUCGGUUUUGUUUUUGUUGUAAUUUAGUUUAAAAUAAUUAUAAAACUUGGAAUUUUCAUAGAACACUUUCAUUAAACAUUUCUAGACGUUGUACAAUUUUAAAGACAUAAUAUAUCAAUAAAUAUUUUCGAGUUUUAGUUUUUUUUCCGUUUUGUGUGGUUAGAACUGUUUGAUCAAAUUGCAAUUCUUCAGAAUUUAUCAGUAGGUUCAUUAUAAGUUAUAUUAAGUGGUCAAAAAAAAGUCAAGUGUAACAUAAUAGUUAUUUUUAUACACGUUUUUAAUUCAAAUUUUGAUGAAAAUUGAAAAGUUUACCAGAACUUCGCUCAGAACCGCAUUUCGUUAAUCAUCAGCAAUAAUUUAUCUUUACACACAGGUAUAAAUUAAAUAACUCUAUGUAUCUUACCUUCCAAACUUUCCGCUUACAACAAUGGUAUUCCCAUAAACAAUAUCAUCCCUUUCUUUGUAAUAGUAGUUAUAAGAAACUGAAUGUUGGUUAUUGAUUUUUAUUUUUAUUUUUAUUUUUAUUGAAGGUUAUAUAUUUUUCAAUUUUGGUUUUUCUGUUAUCAUAUAGUUGAAGGUCUUGUGUUUAUACCAAGUUUUUUUUCAAGUAUUUUUCUUGAAACUCCUUUUCUUAACUUGAGUGCAGUUCGACUACUACUUGUUUUUUUUUUAUCCCGGUGGAAUUCAGAUAAAAUUUUUUUUUUAGCUGAGUACAAUUCGAUGUAAUAUAAACGCAACUUAACCCCUUUAAAAAUUAUGAUUUAUUAAAAAAUUAAAAUACACCAAGAUGCUAUGAAAAAUAUAUUUUGGUAUAGAAUAAUGAGUUUAUAGCAUUUUUUGGCGUUUAAAUAUUAACUGUUAAAUUAUGUCUUUGGUCUCAAAGAAAAUGGACUUAAGUUAAUUUUAUAUAACUUUCAAUACAAGAAAAUUACUAAGUGACUAAACUACUAAAUGGCCUAACCAUUACAUAGCCACCAAAUAAAAGUAGCUAUUUUCAACAGUUGUACGGCAGUCUUCCGACAGAAUGAUUCCGUGAAGAUUCGCCGGAGCGUUAAACUUGUGAUGUUCCCGUGGGAAACCAAACGGAAUAAUGCUUCGUGUAAUAAUAUUAACUGGCGUAGUGACGAAACCCCGUAGAACAUCAUAGUGUGAUGUUUUUUAUUAUUAUAGCGGUGGAUAAAAACUGCUACCGGAUUAUUUGUAUAGAUGGAAACGCGUGAAACGUAAAUAAAUAAUAUUAUUAUCACAUGGUCGGGUGUUGUUUUACAAUAAUAUAAAAUAAUAAGGCAGACUCGUCGGUAAAAAUUUUACUCGAGUUAGGUAGAAGUUUUAUCACAGAACCUCGACACACCUGCAAGCGAUUCACGCAUUCCACCACGUUGUAUGAGUUAAACCGAUAAACUCAUAAUAUAACUCAGUAGUCGACAGUGGUCAAAGUGGAAAAAACUUUGAAGGCAGAAUAUAUUUACAAAAAAAAGAUAGGAUGUCUUUGAUAACUUAGUUUAACCACACAUUUAGGAAAAAAAUCACGGAGGCAAGAAUUUCAUUGUUUUUGUCCCAUAUACAUAUUAAGUUCUGUACAAUUUUAAGCUAACAAUUUGCUCCCUCUUCCCAAAGAAUGUUGCCCUACAUAUUACGAGUAUAUGUGUGCUUAGUAAAAAUAAAUUAAAACAGAGAAUUUGAUUAUCAUUUAUUAUGUAUAAUACAAAAAUAGGUAUUAAAAAAUGUAUUUUUUGUAGAAUUAAUUUGAGUUUAUAAAAUUGCAUUAAAAAAACCUCAAUGACCAUAACUAAUAUGUCCCCCACUCAGGUUUCAAAGACUUAAACUAAAGGGGAUAGACGAUAUUACCUUAAAGAAGGCAUCUUUUCACCCUCUACCUUUAACUACUGAUAGUCGACAAUUUAAAGCUAUAUUAUUAUUAAAUUGGUAUAUAAAGUCACAAAGAGCAUAUUUCUGAAUUUUUGCAUAGAUUAAAGAAAAUGUAUGAUAUACAUGUAUGGGUAUUGGGUAUAGCAUUUGUUUCGAUAUAAAUGGCGACUUGGAAGAUAAUAUAUUUUUAUUGGAAAUAGUUUAACAUGGCGUACAGAUAUAAAAAAAAAAAAAAUACAAUAUAUAUACUUUUUUUAAAUUUUCCUUCUAAAACAGUGACAGUCCUAUCAGUAGUAUUAGUCUUUUUUUUUAAUUUUUCCAAAAGUCCAAAUUAUAUACCAGUGGAAGUAUGAAAAAGAGAAUUAAGCAUAAGCUGUUGAAAAGAUUUGUUUAAUAAACUACUAUGCAAGUAGAGAAAUAAUUGUUUAUGGUAUUUAUUUUUAAAAGCAAAAAGGAUACACAAACAUUUGGAAAUUAUACAGGAAUCAAAUUGAGUUAUAGUAUGAAAAUUGUCAAAAAGGUUAUUGAAAAGAAAAUUAGAAGUGAGACAUCAAUAUCAUCAAUAUCUAUGAACCAGUUUAGUUUUAUGCUAGAGAAAUAGACAAUGGAGCCGAUUUUUUGUAUGAGAUAGAUUGUAAAAAAGUAUAGAGAUAAGAAGAAUAACUUAUGUAUGGCUUUUAUAAAUUUAGAGAAAGCAUACAUUUAAGUUUGUAUGAAGGCGAAAUCAAUUUCUUAACUGUUUUAAAGAACAGAUUCCGAAAAAUGUUAAUAUUUUCCGAGAUAAUGAGUGUUUAACGAUAAAAGAAUCAAUUGAAAUAUAUUAUAUUAUGCUCCGAGUAAGGGGCAAGGAACGUUUUAGGAGGUCCAUAAGGUGAUUCAUUGACAACGGGCGCCACAUUUCAAGAGUGCAUAAUAAUCUUUUAAUACAUAGUAAAAUAAUAUUUUUUUUUUUUUUAAAUACCAACCCUAUUCAACAAUUUACAUUUGCUUAUUAAGGCCUAAAAUAAUGUAUUUAAGAGCCCAACGUGUUCACUGUACAGUAUAAAAUUUAAAAUGUGCACCUCGAAAUUCCUAUGUGUUGUAUAAAAAAAGUGUUCUUAUGAAAGAGUACAAAGAAUGUAAAUACGAGGUACUAUACUAUGGUACUAUGCAGUUAUAUUAUCCAAUUUCAAUUGCAUAUAUUAAUCAAAAUAUUAUUUUAUAGAAAAUCAUAAUCUUUUUUUACUUUAUAGGAGAACCGUGUCACCCUUAUGAGCCAUUCAAAUGCCCUGGAAACGGUGCUUGUAUUUCUAUUCAAUAUUUAUGUGAUGGAGCUCCUGAUUGUCCAGACGGUUAUGACGAAGAUGCCAGGCUUUGUACUGCAGGUUUGUAAUAUAUACAUUGGCGUUUUUAUUUUGGAAAAUAUUAUAUUAAUCAUGCAAAUGUCAUUACAACAAUCUUUAUAGUUCAAGUAGUGAGUGUAAAAAUGUAACUUCUUAUUUACUCGACUAGUUAUAAAACUACAUAAUUAUUUAGAAAAUAAUAUCUAUUUUCUUUUUAGAAUCGUUGUUAAUUAACUUAAUUUGUUGAAUUUAUAAAAUUAAAAUCCGUAUAUUUGCUUGAAGCUGUUUGUAUUAUUAUAUUUUUACGAAUAAAAUAUAACCUACUUAAUAUGAAAAAUAAACACCAAUGGUAAAACAAACAACAAAAAGGAAAAACAAAUAAUCUCGAAGUAAAACUAACAUUAUAGUAUUACGUUGUGUUGAGUUAAAAAGUUAAAUAUCCGCUAACAUUGACUCAAAAAAAUGAAAUGAAUUUAUGUUUUUUGUUAAUUUUCGAUUUUUUUUUUUUUAAAUCUUUUCUAUUCUUUAAAAUAUUUUAUAUUAUAAAAAAAAAAAAAUAGAAAAACCCUUUAUUAUCAAUCACAUAUAUAAUAUAUAGUAGAUAAAAAAAAAAUAUAAUUAGCUAUACUGAAAAUUUACAUUUAUAAAUUCGUAUUAUUAGGAUGAACUCAACUGAAGUACUUUUUGAAAAAUUACAUUUUUUAUUUAUUCAUGAGCCUUGACUAAAAAUGACACCGUUAUCGUGACUUUAAUGAAUAUUUAUAACCGAAUACAGAAAGAUAAUUAUGAUCAUAAUGAAUAUUUAAAUAUUGUUAUUAGCAUAAUAUUAUAUAAUAUAAACGUGAUUAAAAUAAUAAUAAAAUAGGUAUAGACAUUGAUCACUGAUAUGGAAUGCUAGAGUAUUCAGAAGGAAGAUUUGAUGAUCCCUCGUUAACGUAACUGCUCGUACCACUCGUUCAUCUAUGAUGAUAUUGGGGUACCACUAUCGCUAUUUGCUGCAUCCUAAAUACUCUAUAAUCGUAUAAUGAUAGCGUUUAAGGAUGGUCGCCAAAUAUUAGCAAUGCAUGAGUUGCCUGCUUGAAUAUUAUAAUAUAACCAAUGAUAUAAGUCCCUACAAAAAACGAUGAAAAAAUCGGUUUAACUUUGGAUUUGGAUCGGGAAUCACGAUUAUUACAGCAGUUGUAUUAUUCCUAUAAACGAUGUUUGCGCAUUUGGCAGGCAAUUUAAGUCUUUCCAAUGUAUGUGUGUAUGUGUAUACAUGUGCGUGUGUGUGCAUGUAUCGUUUCUGGGCCAAACAUAACGUUAAUAUUAUAAUCUGACAUUCAUCAGACUUAACCAGAACAAAAAUACAUUAAUUGCUACGCUUAGAAUACAUAUAAAAAUAAAGUCUAAAAUCAAUAACAAUAAGGCAAUCAGAAAUAAAACGAGACCGCUAAUCAAGAAAUAAAAUAUGUCCAUACACUUAUUACACUAUAAUAUGUUUACUUCGAUUUCCAUCACAUAUAUAAUAUGCGUAUGAACAAAUUAAUAGAUUUUUUGCAGGUAUCAAAUUAUAUAAUAUGUUAUGAAUAAAUAAUAAUAUAUUAUAAUAUAAUCUAUAUCUAAAUGUUUUUGCUAUAAAUAUAGUACAGAGAAAAUAUUAACUGUUGGUAUACCUAAUUAAUUAAUUAUCAUUCUAGUAAAGUACAAAGAAGUACUACCUACUUACAUAGAACAUUUUUUUAUUAAAAUUUUAUUAAAAAGCUUAGGUAUUAUAUACGGAAAAAAAGACAUAAUUGUAUAAAUAAUUCUAUUAUUUAUAUCUAUGUUGUUAGAUUACGUGCCGAAUAAAAAUUAAAUUAAGUACUUAUUCCAACGAUUACAAACUCUUAUAAAUGUAUAACUAUACACUUAGUCAUAACAUUGUAGUAUUUCCUCAGUACCUACCUAUACAACAUACAGAGUGAUCCAUUUAUCAUAAACUAGUGAUUUCUUCGGAAGUUUUAAAUGAAUUUGAUUUAUGGUUUUUUUUCCAAUCGAUGAAUCGAUUAAGUUUUAUCUUAAUACUACUUAAAAUAAAUUUUCACCUCACACCUUAUACCAUAAAUAAUAAUGUAUUUAUGAUUUUGAAAUAAGAACCUCCCCUUCCUUUUAAACGUAAUAAAGAAUUCGAACAAAGGUUAUACGGAGAAGAAUCUAUAUUUAAAAAUGGAGGUAUUUUAUUUGAAAACAAAGUGUAUACUCAUGAUAUAAAGGGUAAGAUUAAUAAAUUUAAAAUAGUGUUAAAACUGACAACUUCAGAGGAUUGGAAACGGGUUUUCAAAUUGUCUCCAAUUUUGUAAAAUUCGAAAACUAUUUUUUAUAUUAAAAUAAUAAUAUUAUUAGAUCAAUGUAUUUUCUUUUAAGUUUAGAAGCAUCGUGUAUGUUUUCAUUUGGCAUAAAUAGUAAUAAACUAAUAACUAAUAAUAAAUAGACCCCAUUUUAAUUUAAAUCGCAUGCAAACGAAACUAUUAAUUAAUAUUAUAUUCAAACAAUUAUUUUAAAAUUGAAAUACAUUUAGAUUGAAAAACUAGUAUAUUAUCAGUGGUGCAGCUAGCGGGCAAGCUUGUAAGCCCUGGCCUACUCACUUUUUUCUGAAAAAUAACACAAUUGUAAAAUCAUAAAUGUAUAUUGGUAAUUUUUUUAUUGAAACAUUUAUAUUACUUUAUAUAGCCUAACCAGAAAAAUAUUUCUAGCUACGGCUUCUGUAUAUUUUAGAAAAUUAAUAUCAUUAUUUUUCUAUUCUCGUAUCAUAAUAGCUAAACGACCACCGGUUGAAGAAACAGCGAGCUUUUUACAAUCAUUGUUGGCCAGUCACGGACCGAACUAUUUAGAGAAACUAUUCGGUAACAAAGCUAGAGACGCAUUGGAACCGUUGGGAGGCGUCGAAAAAGUCGCAAUUACACUUUCUGGUUUGUAUUCGUAUAAAUAUUUAUACCUACUUCAUAUUUUGUAAUAUACAUAGAAUUUAAUAAAUAAAAUACAGGAAUCGCUAAAUACAAAAAGAGCACAUGUUUAAAUUUUAAAAGGAAGACAAAAAUACUUAAAUUUCUGUAAAAAGUAUCAUGUUAAUAACUUCUAUUAUAGUGUUUGAUAUAAUCUAUACAUUUGUACAGUCAUGUUAUGAAAUAUUACAAAACUCUAGAUGCUUAAAGAUUUUUUUGUCUAUCUUGAAAAGUUUUAAAUUAUUAAUAUACCCCCUCCCUCUUAUGUAUUUAGCAAUUCACAUAUUGAAUGCGUGUAUCUACUAUAGUAUUUUCAUAUAUAGAAUCACAAACAAUUGAGGAUUUCGGCGCUGCACUUCAUCUGAUGAGAUCCGACUUGGAACAUUUGCGCUCGGUGUUCAUUGCCGUCGAGAACGGCGACAUCGGUAUGUUGAAGAGUCUGGGCAUCAAAGAUUCCGAACUGGGUGACGUGAAGUUUUUCCUUGAGAAGCUAGUCAACACCGGUUUUCUAGAUUAAUAUAAUAUCAAACUAAUAAUAUCGGAUUUGUAUACAAUUCUCUAUAUAAUAUCCUCUGUAAUUUUCUAUUCCUAUACAUUAUUAUAUUAAUUAUCCAUCUACGAUUUAUAUUUACCAAAAAAAAAAAAUAAUAAUAAUUUUAAUUUCAUUCAACACACUUCCCUAUUUCUACAUAAUAUAAUACUGGAUCAUGAAUUUUUCUUCCCAGAAAUUUUAAUAUAAUAAUCUUCCCCAAUAAUACUGAUUAUAAUAAUUGUUUUCGGUCAAUUAAAAGGAACUUAUAUUAUUAUACUAUUUUAAUCUCGUAUAUUAUACUAAAUAAUUUUACAUAUCACAAUACAUAUCGUAACUAUAUUAAAAUAUAACGCAAACACUAUUUAUAAUACAUAUCAUCGUAUGACUUUAAACAUAUCUUUUUAUUAUUAUUAUUAUAUUAUAAUUAUAAUAAAUUAUAUUGAACAUUCAUUAUUAUUAUUAUUAUUUAUUAUCUAGUUUGUAAUACAUAAAAACAUUAUUCAUAUGUGUUAAAUCUUAAAUAUAUAAUAAAAUUAUUGAUUCGAAUAUACCUACCUAAUGGCUAAUAUUAAUUAAAUAACAUCGCAUGCCUAAUGAGCUAUUAUUAAACACGUCUUAUUUAUUUUCGUUUUCGGGGAUUUUUUUUGUUUAAUAUACCUAAUGCAAUUUUAUACCCCUUGCGUUCUGCUUGUGUAGUGAAUAUCAUAAUCAUUUUUCAGGCGUACCUGUUUAAGACAUUUUUCAUAUUAUAUUAAAUUUUAAUCUUCACCUUUAAGCAAUAUAUAAUAUUAUUAAAAUGUUUUAUGACCUAACACUACAAUAUUAUCAAUAUUUAAUAUUAUAAUAUUGACAAACAUUAUUAAGUAGUUACUACUCGUAUUAUAACAUAAAUUAUACGUGUUGUAAUACAAUGAUCAUUUCACAGUCUAUUAUAAUUAUUAUCGGUUUUUUACGUAGGUGUAUAAUAAAGUAUUAAAAUAAUAUAUCAGCUGUGUUUCUUUUUUUUUAUAGGUUCAUAAUAUGUUUAUGUUUAAUAUAUUAUAAUAAAUAUUAUCGUAUUUUUUAUUACCUAUUCAUUCAGACGCAUUUACUGAUUAAUUAUUACCUAUAAUAAUACUAUUAAGAAGCAAGCACACUGAAUCCGUUAACUAGAUGCCCAAGAAUUUUUAAUAGUCGAGUAUGUACCAAAUAAUAAUCAUGAAUAUAUUUUUAUAAUCUUCUUCUUUAUCCAAUUUGAUAACGGAAAUUGAAAAACCGGAUACAAAAAAAUCCAAUUUAUAUUAAAUAAAUCAAUCUUAUCCAUGUAACUUGGCUGAAUACAUUUCAUGAUUAAAUGACUAUAUAAAUACUCAUAAAGUAGUCAUAGUUGUUCUAUUUUUAAACCAAUUAGAGGGGAUAAUAAAACUUGCAUAAAUAAACUGCACCCUAUAAACUUGCAGGAGGCGUUAUUGCAUUUAAUUUAGUUUGAAUGUGUUAGGUUAAUACAAGAUUUUUUCUUUGUUUACACAUCAAAUCAGUCCUUUCCAUUCUGCCAACUAAAUUGCACGAGUUGAGUGCCCAUCUUCGUUCAAUUUUUCUAUAGACAAUAGGCAUGAUGAACCGAACUUGAUGUAAACGGAACUCUUAGAACUGAACGAUCACAGUGCGCUUGUUUCUUAAAUCGCUUUAUUAUAGGUACUCUAUAUAUCAACACCUAUAAAAUAAAUAUUAUAAUUUAAAUAACAAGUGCAGUUCUUCCCGUUUAUUUUCUAAUCCGAGGUCAGAUUUUUAAUGAAAAAUAUAAACCCAAAUAAAAUCCUUCAUAUAAAAUACUUCAUAUAGGUACGUAACUAGAAUUUUCAGGGGUUGGGUCUACCAAUAUUAUGAUUUUUUGGUGAGAAGCUUAAAUUUCGGGGCAGGAGGGGGUCUAGACCUCAUGUAUCCUCUCCCUGGUUACGUGUCUGAAUUCAUGCAGUGGCGUGUGCAAGAAUUUUUAAUUUGAGGGCAUAUAGAAAAUAAUAAUCAUGAAUAAAUCGUAGAAUUUUUUUCUCUACCUAAUUUGACUUAUGCAGGGAAUUCAAAAACCGGAUCCGAAAAAGUCAUCUUUCAAUCAGUAAAUCAAGGUUUCCUUCAUAACUUGAUUAAAAUAUAUACAUUUUUAAGAUUAAAUUACAAAUACUCAUAGUCAUUGUAUUUUAAAUCGAAUAGAAGGAGUAUAGCCCUCCUCUCCUAUCCCCUCCUCUCUACACACCACUGACUGCAUAUUCUUAAAAAAUCAAAAACUUGUCAUUCAUAGACUUCCGAAACACACUGUUCGAAAUAUAUUAAGGUAUACAAGUAUUUGUGUUAUUUUCUCAAUUUCAUUUCUUAAUCUUGUGUAGGAAUGCUCAUUCGGCACUUCAUUAAUUUCCAGUAGAACACCGAAAAAAACAGAGAUCAUGCAGCUUAUUAUAAUAGUAAUCAAUAUUUUUACUAAUAAUCUAUACUUUAAUAUACGUAUCAACAUUUUAACCGUAGGGACAUAACAUUAUUGUAUCGAGUGUGGUAAAAAGUAGAUGUAUUAUAAUAUAAUAUUUUUGAUCUAAAUUACAAUAACGACCGCAUAUUAUACUAACAUCAUAAUAUUAUUAACACGACACACACACAUUUUUCAUAAUAUUAUAUCUUAUUCAAAUUAUAAUAUUAUUAUAUAUUCAUAUUUUUUACCGUCUCGAUAUAUUUUAAAAUUAUAAUAUUGUUAUAAUAAUUAUUUAUUUUUCUUCUUUUUUCUAUAAUAUUGUACUAUUAUUAUUUACGGUUUAAAUCAUAUUUUAUUCUACUUAUAUAGAUAACUUAUACUAAUAUAUAUUAUUAUAUAUUUAUUAAUAUAUUAUCAAUUUUAUUGUUUAUAUAAUAUUAUCCGAUACGAAAAAAAAAUGAUAUUUAUAAUAUUAAAAC